AUGGCUAAUAAUCUUGCAAAUCAACAGUCUCACCACCAUCUCAAUCACGAAAAUGAUAGUUGGAAGAAAAAUCUAAGGUUGCCUCCCAAAGAUAAUCGACCACAAACAGAAGAUGUAACCAACACAAAGGGUAAUGAAUUCGAGGACUAUUUUCUUAAACGCGAGCUGUUAAUGGGCAUAUUUGAGGCUGGAUUUGAACGUCCAUCACCCAUUCAGGAGGAAUCGAUACCCAUCGCUCUAACCGGUCGGGAUAUUCUCGCGAGGGCCAAAAAUGGUACAGGAAAAACGGCGGCUUUUGUUAUCCCGGCCUUAGAGAAAAUUAAUGUUAAAAAACACAAAAUUCAGGCGUUAUUGCUCGUCCCAACUAGGGAAUUGGCCUUACAAACAUCGCAAGUUUGCAAAACCCUCGGCAAGCACAUGGGAGUUCAAGUCAUGGUAACGACAGGAGGCACGACGUUAAAGGAUGAUAUUUUACGCUUAUCCGAAAUCGUUCAUAUUGUUGUUGGAACACCCGGCCGUAUUUUGGAUUUGGCCGGAAAAGGAGUAGCCGAUUUCAAUGAGUGUCCAACAUUCGUGAUGGAUGAAGCUGACAAGUUGUUAAGCCCAGAAUUUUCUCCGAUCGUUGAACAGUUAUUGACAUAUUUUCCAAAAGAUCGUCAAAUAAUGCUAUAUAGCGCUACGUUUCCCCUGAUCGUGAAAAGUUUCAAGGAUAAAUAUCUUGUAAAGCCGUACGAAAUUAACUUAAUGGAUGAACUUACUCUUCGCGGUGUCACGCAAUAUUACGCAUUUGUUGAAGAACGACAGAAAGUGCAUUGCCUCAAUACUUUAUUCUCCAAGCUCCAAAUCAAUCAAUCCAUUAUUUUCUGUAAUUCCACUAAUCGCGUUGAACUCCUUGCAAAGAAAAUAACCGAACUAGGAUAUUCUUGUUUUUACAGUCAUGCUAAGAUGCUGCAAAGUCAUCGUAAUCGUGUUUUCCAUGACUUCAGAAAUGGCGUAUGUCGUAAUUUGGUGUGUUCUGCGGUAAAUGUUGUGAUUAAUUUCGAUUUCCCAAAAAAUGCCGAAACAUAUCUUCAUCGUAUCGGUCGUUCUGGCCGUUUCGGUCACCUUGGACUCGCAAUUAACCUUAUUACAUACGAAGAUCGUUUCAAUCUUUAUAAAAUUGAGCAAGAACUUGGAACCGAAAUUCAACCUAUUCCGCCCGUCAUUGACAAGCGAUUAUAUGUUGCACCCA